UUGACCAUACGCCGUCCGUCUCCCCUCCCCAUUCCGCAGCUCUGCACUGCGCUCCUGCGACGAGUGGGCGCCGACUCCGUCCAAAAAGAGAGGAAGGAGCCAGCGACUCAGCCGCCGCUGUCUUCAGAUUUCCCCUCGAAUCCGCCCCCUCGAUCUCGCGCCCGUGUAGCACGCGAUGGACGCGGCGGCCGCCCCACGCGCGGCGCGGCCCACGAGUCCGUCGCGGCCGCCCAAGGCGAUCCGCAGCACCAAGCCGCGGGGCCUCGACGAGGACACCGCGGCGCCGCCCACGUUCCCGAAGGGCCCUUCCUCCUCCGCCGCGGCCUCGCUCCUCCUAAACGCGGACGUCCCGAUGGACGCCCGCGUCUGGGCGGGGCUGCCCGACGACCUUCUCGUCGAGGUGCUCGCCCGCGUGCCGCCCUUCCUCCUCUUCCGACUCCGCCUCGUCUCCCGCCGCUGGGACGCCAUUCUCCACGACCCCACCUUCCUCGCCGCGCACGCGGCGGUGCCCUCCUACGGGCCCUGCCUCCUCACCUUCUCGAGGGGCGGCGGUGCCCACUCCCCGCCGCAGUGCAGCGUGCUCAGUCUGCCCCUGCACGCACGCUACAAGUUCCCCAUCGGGUUCCUCCCCGCCUGGGACAUCUGGCUCGUCGGCUCCUCGGGAGGGCUCGUCUGCUUCUCCGGUUUCGACGGCUCCGGAUUCCGCACAGUCGUCUGCAAUCCGCUCACGCAGGCCUGGCGGGUGCUCCCGGAUAUGCAUUACAACCAGCAGCGGCAGCUGGUGCUCACGGUCGACAAAAACCGCCAGUCGUUCAAGGUAAUCGCCGCCAGUGAUGCUUAUGGGGACAAGACGCUCCCCACUGAGGUAUAUGACUCUAAGGAGGAUAGAUGGUCCGUGCACCAGAUGAUUCCCGCGGCGAACCUGUGCUCGUCAAAGAUGGCGUUCUGUGACUCUAGGCUGUACCUGGAGACGCUCUCGCCACUCGGGCUGAUGAUGUAUAGAGUGGACGCAGGGUAUUGGGAGCAUAUACCUGCUAAGUUCCCACGUUCCCUGCUGGAUGGGUAUUUGGUACCUGGAGCUCGCACAAGACUGUUCUUAGUGGGGCGGAUCGGGCUAUACAGCACACUGCAGAGUAUGAGGAUCUGGGAGCUGGAUCAUGGUAGGACAGUCUGGGUGGAGAUAAGCAGGAUGCCCCCCAGGCACUUUAGGGCUCUGCUGAGGUUGUCCGCUGAGAGGUUUGAGUGCUUUGGGCAGGAUAACUUGAUCUGUUUCACGUCAUGGAACCAGGGCAAAGGUCUUCUAUACGACAUUGAUAAAAAGUCUUGGUUGUGGAUCGCUGGUUGUGCUAGCCAGCUGUGCAAUAGCCAGGUCUGCUUUUACGAGCCAAGAUUCGACACAUCAAUCUAUUGAGUAUGGCAAUAUGACCUGCAUUGUGAAGAGUUUGUGCUCAAAUGCUUCUGGGGUUGUAUAUCGAGAUGCAUGUCUGAUGUCCUAUUGAGUCAUGGCUGUCAGAUGCAAGUCAAGUGCUGAGACAAAUAGUGCUUCUUCUUCGAGACACUUCUAGCAGUGGACUUGAGCAACCAAUAUUCUCAAAUCAUGCCACUAGAUAUUCUUCACUACUCAAGCUCCAGCAGUUAAGCCAUCUCACAGUUCUGGAUUAGAACAUACAGAAUAUCGUCAUUUUACACAGCAAUGGAGGUCUUGUAAAUGAUAUCUUGUCUGAAAUGAAAAAAAGAUCAUGCGGUUCUUUGUGAAUACAAUUUCAAUGGGUAGUGACCUUAACUUAUUACUAGAGUUCAAUUGGAUCUGGGAUGGUAUUUCUCCAUGCAAAUGAUUCCUGCAUUGUUUCUUAUGAUACUUGUAUGCUGUCAUUCAAAGAACACCAUAUUAUAUUGUUUUCUUUGUUGUUCCAAAAGUUCAU